GUGUCGAAUAUUAUAUAGUCAUUAGUAUAUUUGGCUUCCGUUUAGCUUAGUUAGGCCUUAGAUAGAAUCAGCUGACGCCGUUUUCCUUUCAGGUUCCAACAUUUCUUCAGCUUUGGUAUUGACAUUUAUUGUACCAUUUAUAAUGUCUUAAGUGAGUAUUUCUAGGGGUAAAAGGACAUUGUUAUAUUUAUUUCUGUAUUUUGGGUAAACACAUGAAGCUGAUGUGAACUGUAGCACAACAUGAUGUUGUGCGGGUUUUGUGAAGUGUUGAGAGAGACAUUAGAAGCGCACUACACAGACGGGUUGUCUUUUUCUUGGCCUUCUCUUUUCAAGAUUCCUAGCAAGGAAAUGUCCCAUUUCGACAUUUUGGUGCCCAGACCCGGGACACACAGUCCCCAAGGACUGCUACAUUAACAAGUUAAGUGUCUCCAGCCCUGCAUUUUAGAAGAAGAUGGAGAAGUUAGAGAAGGCCCGAGCAGCUUGUCAAGGAUGGCUGUCAAGAGUGUGUGUCAAGAUGGACAGACUCCUAGCCAAGAGCCCCCCAGCAACCUCCAGUGAGUUAGUAGAAGUUCUGGAAGAGUUUGAUAAGAGGCUUAACAAGUUAGAAGAAGUGCAGUCAGAGAUAGAAUUGGAGAUAAGUCCUGAGGCACUAGAGGAGUACUUGGACAAGGCAGAUGCAGUCAGACAGCAAGCCAGGCAGAAGAGAUUGUUGUGUGCUGACAAGCUUAAGAAACUGGCUGAGGGUGAUAAGGACAAGUCGGAUUCUUCAAGUACCACAGCCCCUCUCCAUGCAAAACUUCCCAAGCUAGAACUACCUAGAUUUGACGGUGACCUGAAGCAGUGGCAGAGUUUUUGGGAACAGUUCUCCUCACACAUAGACGACACUGAGCUGCCCACCAUUAGUAAGCUAACCUAUCUACUGUCACUACUAGACGGCACUGCUAAGGACGUGGUGGAAGGAGUGCCGCACACCUGCGCCAGCUACAAGACCGUCGUCGACCUGCUGAAGCAACGGUUUGGCAAGUCGGAGUGCAUCAUCCACGCCCACGUCCAGGCUCUCCUUGAUCUACAAGUUCCGGUCCACCAAGGCAAGACCUACAUCCUACAGCUGUGGAGACUUCGGGACGAGGUGGUCAAGCACACGAGGAGUCUAGAAGCCCAAGGAGUUACAGGCAAGCAAUGUGAAGUGCUACUAACCCCCAUGAUUGUUUCCAGACUGCCCACAGAGUUAAGGUUAAACUGGUCAAGGGAUUGUAGUGGACAUGAAAGUGAUCUUGAGUGGCUUCUUAGUUGGCUUCAAAGGGAGAUUGAAGUGAUAGAAAGGAGUGAAAUGUAUAAGGGCAAUGUUAAGAGUUUAGAAGGAAGGAAGGGUAGUAAGGAUAGUAAAGAAGUACAUAAGGGAAACAAGGAAAAAUUGUUCACAGCCUCGGCUUUACAUGUGACUUCCCCGCCUGAAAGAUCAGAUUGUGUGUUUUGUAGUAAGAGAAACCACAAGUCUGAGAAGUGCUACAAGUUUCUGGUGUUGGAUGGGCAGCAGAGGUUUGACAAGAUAAGGGAAUUGGGUGUGUGUUUUAGAUGUUUAAAUAGUGGUCAUAAGUCUAGAAGUUGUAAGGCCAAAUGUUCCAAGUGUCGUGGUGACCACAAUAGUACCAUGUGUGGUGUUAAGUUGAGUGUGGUCCCUAAGGCCGAAGUAGAGGAGAGUAAACAGACGGGCACCCAAACCCUUGCGAUGUUGUCAGGCCACUACAGGAACAAGACUGUGUUACAAACAGCUAAGGUAAAGGUAGUGAACCAUAAGGGGGAUAUUGUUACUGCAAGGCUGAUGUUUGACAAUGGCUGUGAUAGGUCAUAUGUUACCAAUAAGUUUGUAGGAAGAUGUAAACCUGAAUGGGUCACCAAUACAGAAGUCCCUUAUAGUUCCUUUGGUGGCCAUAGCUCAAGCAAGUGUGUACAAAGUAGUCUAUACAAGUUGAAGCUUUUAGAUGAUAAGGGUGAUUUGUUUUCCCUUGUGUUGGCAGGCAUUCCCAUUAUAUGUGAACCGCUAAUUAGGCCAGUAGUACCAGAACACAUUUUAAGUGCCUUUAAUCAUUUAAAGUUUGCAGAUGACUUUGACCAUAGUUCUCCUUUAGACUUAGAUAUCCUUAUUGGUCUGGACUACUACUGGAGCCUAGUAACGCCUAGUGAUGCAGUUCAAUGGGGCUGAUAGUGAAGUAGAGGCAGUAAGGAAGUACACCACAGCCUACAACAUUAUGUCUGAAGCCAACAUGUCUCUUGAGAAGCUUGUAUCCAAUAGUUUAGUAAUUGCAUCAAAAUGUAAUGACAAGGUUCACUGUGUACAGGACGAUGAAAUUAACAGUGUACUAGGUUUGAAGUGGUCUAAGGACAGUGAUGUUUUUUCUUAUUGUGGUCUAGACCUGGAUUUCCCUUUGGAAUUAGCAUGUACCAAGAGGACAGUAUUAAGUUUAAUAGCUAAGAUUUUUGAUCCAUGUGGAUUUAUCAGCCCAUUUACCAUGUAUGCUAAGAUACUUUUCCAAGAUAUUUGGAAGUCAGGUGUGUCCUGGGAUGACAAGUUGUCACAAGAUUUAGAAGUAAGAUUUGAAAAAUGGGUAAGGAGUACCAGACAUUUGAGUCCAUUAGUUAUAGGUAGACAUUAUUUUCCCCAUGUACCUUGGAAAAGUAUUGAGUUUAUUGAGAUUCAUGGGUUUGGGGAUGCCUCGGAAAAAGGUUAUGGGGCGUGUGUAUACCUAAGGCUAUGUCUUGACAGUGCAUGUAACACUUCAUUGGUUGUAUCCAA